AUGUGUGGCAUAUCUUGCAUCCUUGCUCUACAGCAUUCCCAUCACAAGCUUCCCGAUCUUGCCAAUCUCAAGAAGCCUAUUCCUGGUGUUCAAACGAACGGUGACACAGAUCACACAAAGCUCGCCGUCGAGCUUGAUGCUUCUUUGNACCAGAUCAAACACCGCGGUCCCGACUCUCGCGGCCAGUGGAUCAGCAAUGACAAGCGCGUUGCCAUCAAUGACCUGUCGCCCGAUGGUAUUCAACCUUUCCAUGACAAUGAGCGCACCGUCCACGCUGUAGUCAAUGGUGAAUUUUAUGACUACGACAACAUCCGUAAAGACCUCGAAGCCAAGACAGACUACAAAUUCCGCGGUCGAUCAGAUUCAGAGCUCGCCAUCGCUCUAUAUAAGUACUAUGGCCUCAACUUCCUGCACCAUCUGAGAGGCGAGUUCGCUUGUGUCCUCUUCGACGAGUCACAACAGCUCUUGAUUGCCGCCAGAGACAGAUAUGGCAUCAAGCCAUUGUUCUGGACCGUUCAAGACGGACGACUUCUGAUCGCUGCCGAGAUCAAGGCUUUCUUGCCUCUGGGCUGGAGACCCGAAUGGGACGUCAAGAAGGCAGGCGGUUGGGUGUCCUCUAACACAAGUUCAGNNGUCCGUCCUGGCCACUACCUCACCUGCCAGUCUUUCGACCACAUCGAGCAACGCCCGUACUGGGACAUUAGCUAUCCCGACAAACAUGCAGUCGAUGUACGAACCCCUGAAGAAAUGAUUGAAGGAGUACGUCAACGUAUGCUCGACGCCAUCAAGUUACGUCUCCGAGCAGAUGUCCCUGUCGGAAUCUAUCUCAGUGGUGGCAUCGACUCGUCGGUCAUUGCUGGAAUGGUCACACAUCUUGUCAAGGAGCAGGGAAUAGCCAUGGGCAGUGCAAAUGCCACAGACCGUGUCUCAUGUUUCAGUAUCGCAUUCGACGAAGAGUCUGGCUUUGACGAAUCGGCCAUUGCCAAUCGCACCGCCGAAUGGCUCGGAGUGCGAUACAUCAAGAAGCACAUGAACGAGGAAGAGCUGGCCAAACGUUUCGAAGAUGCUACUUGGCACUGCGAACACCACAACCCCGACUUCAACUUCGUUGGCAAGUAUGCACUUUCCGAGGUCCCUCAAGAAGUCGGAUUCAAGGUUGUCCUGACUGGUGAGGGCGCCGACGAGAAUUUCGCCGGCUACCCUCUGUAUCUGCCAGAUUAUCUUCGUGAGCCUGACCCAAGUUGGGAGAAGUACAACACUCUGCCUGAAAGUGAAAGGGAGCGUCAACUCGAUCUUGCAGAAACGGCAGCCAUCGACUACUACACCUCUGUCGGUGCUGACGUCUCGAACCGAGGUCCGUCUGUCGCACGCCGCAUGCUCAACGAUAUUACUACUGUCAGUAGUAUGGCGGCUUUCCAGCUUGACAUCUUUGCUCCCUGGACGAGUUGCUACGGUAAAUGCGAUCCUCAGGUCACAAUCGCCAACAACGCCGACGGACGUGUUCGUAAUCUGAUCACUGACUCUUGGCAUCCUCUCCAUUCCGCGCAAUACGUCUGGUCAAAAGGACAUUUGGCCAACAUUUUCUUGACAUGUCUCGGUGAUCGUACAGAGAUGGCCCACAGCAUCGAAGCACGUACUCCCUUCCUUGAUCAUCCGCUGACAGAAUAUGUCAAUCAUCUGCCUCCAUCAGCCAAACUCAGGUGGGAGCCUGAAGAAAAGAGGUUCACCGAGAAGUGGAUACUGCGAGAAGCAUCAAAGCCUUUUAUCACGAAGGAAUUGUAUGAACGCAAANAGCACCCUUACUCUGCACCAACAACAUGGCCUAAGGGCGGACCUCUGAACAAACUCCUCGACAAAUUGAUCAGUGAAGACAACAUCAAACAGCUGGGCUUCGUUGAUUGGAAGAGAUGCAAGGGACUGACAGCCAAGGCGUUUGGUGAGAAUGGUGACCCCAUGGCAAUGAGAUAUGCCAUCGUCGUGGCUGAAUGGGUCGUCUUGGGUCAGCGGUUCGGUGUUGCAAAAGCUGAGAAGCCUGAGGGAUAUUGA